AUGCAGAGGAAGAGUAGCUUCACUGGGCUCCUCAUCACUGCUCUGUGUGCAGUGGUCUCCUGCCAUCUGACCAAACAGUUCCACUAUGUGGAUGAAGGAGGAAAGACCUGGGAAAAGGCUCAGCAGUACUGCAGAGAGAAGUACAUUGACCUGGCCUUCAUCAGCAACCAAGAGGAAGCAGAUGAGGUCAAUCGCAUAUCCGGAAAGGAUGAUGUUUGGAUUGGUCUGUACAGAGAUCCCUCUCCCCUAUCCGGAAAGGAUGAUGUUUGGAUUGGUAUGUACAGAGAUCCCUCUCCCCCAACAGAGUGGAAGUGGUCUGGAGGGUGGAACUCAACAUUCAGGUUUUGGGGGGAAGACCAGCCAAACAAUCUCAAUGGCAACCAGGAAUGUGUCAGUUUGUGGAAGCGUGAGAUGAAUGAUGAUCAAUGCACUGUACAAUAUCCCUUCGUGUGCUUUGAUCUGAACGUGGUCCUGGUGCAGGAGAACAAGACAUGGGAGGAGGCUCUGGAGCACUGCAGGGAGAACUACACUGACCUCACCAGCCUGCUGUCUGAGAAUGAGCAGCUCCAGGUCCAGAGAAUGAUGAAUUCAAACGGGGCCCAGACGGACCACGUGUGGACGGGACUGAUCUUCUUGGCCAAAGAGUGGCUGUGGGUGAACGGGGAUCAACUGGAGUAUCAGGCCUGGACCGAGGGGAGGCUGCCCCACUGCCCCGCGCAACACCUCCGCUGUGGGACCCUGGCCAGAGAGGGAGAGCUUUGGGGAACCAGGGACUGUGAGGAGAGGAGGAACUUCCUCUGCUCCACAUGAGGGACCCCUACGCCUCGAUCACACUGACUGUGUCAUUGCGUUUUCCUACACCAGAAGUACAUUCAUUUCCAAUGGAACGCUGCGUUUGCUUUGCAGCAUUGCGUUGCAGAGGCAGUUGCAGUGCGUUCUUUGUGGUGCUUUCAUUGGAUUUAUCGAAUGUAUGCAUCAAAUUGCAUGUGUAGAAGGCUUGACAGAAAUGGUAGCAUAAUUUUUGUUGCACACAUAUCCAGAUGAUGCUGCGUACCAUUUUAGGCAAAGACGCUAUAGGUGUGAUGGAGGCAUUAGGGGAGACAGACAGGCCUAUAUAAUACCUAUGGUAAUAGAGACCCACAGUGGAAGUGUCAUAAUACCCAUAAAACCUAGCGGUAAAACAGUUAAAAAGGUUCCAUAGGGGAUUUUAGAAACACUUAAAAUAGGAGCUAUUUUUUGUGUAGGCUUUACCCUGGUGUGACGUUUUGAUAACCAUGUAAAUCUCUCUCGGACAAGGUGACUUUUAUCAAUAUAUUUGGCUCUAUUUACUCUCAGAUUCAAAACCGCUAAUUAGCAUCAACAUAGACAUCACGCAAGACUACAAAUCCCUGCAAGGUCCUGCCUGUCAUCUCUAGCUGACACCUUUGCUAACAGGUAUUGUGUCAAUUUAAAACUUGCACAAGACAGUUCACCGUUGAAUUUAAAGAGAUUUAGCCAAUUUAUGAAUUACUACAUUUAGCUAACAUUAGAUAGUUAAUCCAGAGAUUCUUACCUUUGCCUCAAUUCGGCAGUCUCGUCUAGAUCAUCAUGGCAUUUGUAGUUCUUUAUGAUAGCCACAUUAGCAGCUAAUUAGCGUUUCAUUGUUGGGGGGGGGGUAAAUACAGGCCAAUAUAUUGAAAAAGUCACCUUGUACUAGAGAGAUUGACACGGCUAUCAAAACUUCACACCAGGGUAAGCCUACACGAAACACAGCCCUUAUUUGAAGGGUUUCUAAAAUCCCCUGUGGGAAAAAUUAAUGGUGGAAAAACUAUUGGAGCCAUUUCCCUGUUUGACCGCUAGGUUUUAUGGGUAUUUUGACUCAUACUGUGGUACUCUAUACCUGAAGUGAAAACCUAUGUAAGCACAAUAUUUACUACUAGCAAUAAUUUGUAUUUAAACUUUAUUUAACCAGGAAGUCCCACUGAGUCAAGUUUUGUUCUCUGUUUGUUUUCCAUGGUGGACUAUCUAUAUUUUUGUAAAUGUGGAAUAGCUAGCUGGUACAUCCACUCUGUUAUACUGUAAUAAACAAUGUCGGCUGACAGCCGUGGUACAUCCAACUGUUAUACUGGGAACAGCUAGCUGGUACAUCCAACUGUUAUACUGGGAACAGCUAGCUGGUACAUCCAACUGUUAUACUGGGAGUAGCUAGCUAGUACAUCCAACUGUUAUAUACUGUCAUAAACAAUGUUGGAAAAUGUCCUCUGUCUGUCCUUUUUCCCAUUUUAUUCGAUAUACCGGUUGUUCAGUCUAACAAAUGCAAUGUUUUAAAGGCAUAGCAAUUAACAAGAGAGAUCAGUCCAAGUAACAGCAGUUUCAACAUGUGGAUAGAAUUGGGAGAGAAAGGUAUGAGAGGCAAGAAACGUGCCGUAUCUGUGGAUCUGGAUACAACAUCUGGAACAGGUGCAGCAGCAGUGUAGCCUGGUGAGCCAGCCGGAUCUCACCAGCUUACAUGAAUGGUUCAGCCGGACCUCACCAGCUUACAUGAAUGGUUCAGCCGGAUCUCACCAGCUUACAUGAAUGGUUCAGCCGGACCUCACCAGCUUACAUGAAUGGUUCAGCCGGACCUCACCAGCUUACAUGAAUGGUUCAGCCUGAUCUCACCAGCUUACAUGAAUGGUUCAGCCGGAUCUCACCAGCUUACAUGAAUGGUUCAGCCGGACCUCACCAGCUUACAUGAAUGGUUCAGCCGGACCUCACCAGCUUACAUGAAUGGUUCAGCCGGACCUCACCAGCUUACAUGAAUGGUUCAGCCGGAUCUCACCAGCUUACAUGAAUGGUUCAGCCGGACCUCACCAGCUUACAUGAAUGGUUCAGCCGGACCUCACCAGCUUACAUGAAUGGUUCAGCCUGAUCUCACCAGCUUACAUGAAUGGUUCAGCCGGAUCUCACCAGCUUACAUGAAUGGUUCAGCCGGACCUCACCAGCUUACAUGAAUGGUUCAGCCGGACCUCACCAGCUUACAUGAAUGGUUCAGCCGGAUCUCACCAGCUUACAUGAAUGGUUCAGCCGGAUCUCACCAGCUUACAUGAAUGGUUCAGCCUGAUCUCACCAGCUUACAUGAAUGGUUCAGCCUGAUCUCACCAGCUUACAUGAAUGGUUCAGCCGGAUCUCACCAGCUUACAUGAAUGGUUCAGCCGGACCUCACCAGCUUACAUGAAUGGUUCAGCCGGACCUCACCAGCUUACAUGAAUGGUUCAGCCGGAUCUCACCAGCUUACAUGAAUGGUUCAGCCGGACCUCACCAGCUUACAUGAAUGGUUCAGCCGGACCUCACCAGCUUACAUGAAUGGUUCAGCCUGAUCUCACCAGCUUACAUGAAUGGUUCAGCCGGAUCUCACCAGCUUACAUGAAUGGUUCAGCCGGACCUCACCAGCUUACAUGAAUGGUUCAGCCGGACCUCACCAGCUUACAUGAAUGGUUCAGCCGGAUCUCACCAGCUUACAUGAAUGGUUCAGCCGGAUCUCACCAGCUUACAUGAAUGGUUCAGCCUGAUCUCACCAGCUUACAUGAAUGGUUCAGCCUGAUCUCACCAGCUUACAUGAAUGGUUCAGCCGGAUCUCACCAGCUUACAUGAAUGGUUCAGCCGGAUCUCACCAGCUUACAUGAAUGGUUCAGCCGGAUCUCACCAGCUUACAUGAAUGGUUCAGCCGGACCUCACCAGCUUACAUGAAUGGUUCAGUCGGACCUCACCAGCUUACAUGAAUGGUUCAGCCGGAUCUCACCAGCUUACAUGAAUGGUUCAGCCGGAUCUCACCAGCUUACAUGAAUGGUUCAGCCUGAUCUCACCAGCUUACAUGAAUGGUUCAGCCGGAUCUCACCAGCUUACAUGAAUGGUUCAGCCGGACCUCACCAGCUUACAUGAAUGGUUCAGCCGGAUCUCACCAGCUUACAUGAAUGGUUCAGCCGGAUCUCACCAGCUUACAUGAAUGGUUCAGCCAGAUCUCACCAGCUUACAUGAAUGGUUCAGCCGGAUCUCACCAGCUUACAUGAAUGGUUCAGCCUGAUCUCACCAGCUUACAUGAAUGGUUCAGCCGGAUCUCACCAGCUUACAUGAAUGGUUCAGCCUGAUCUCACCAGCUUACAUGAAUGGUUCAGCCGGAUCUCACCAGCUUACAUGAAUGGUUCAGCCGGACCUCACCAGCUUACAUGAAUGGUUCAGCCGGAUCUCACCAGCUUACAUGAAUGGUUCAGCCGGAUCUCACCAGCUUACAUGAAUGGUUCAGCCAGAUCUCACCAGCUUACAUGAAUGGUUCAGCCGGAUCUCACCAGCUUACAUGAAUGGUUCAGCCUGAUCUCACCAGCUUACAUGAAUGGUUCAGCCGGAUCUCACCAGCUUACAUGAAUGGUUCAGCCUGAUCUCACCAGCUUACAUGAAUGGUUCAGCCUGAUCUCACCAGCUUACAUGAAUGGUUCAGCCUGAUCUCACCAGCUUACAUGAAUGGCUCAGCCGGAUCUCACCAGCUUACAUGAAUGGUUCAGCCGGAUCUCACCAGCUUACAUGAAUGGUUCAGCCGGAUCUCACCAGCUUACAUGAAUGGUUCAGCCUGAUCUCACCAGCUUACAUGAAUGGUUCAGCCUGAUCUCACCAGCUUACAUGAAUGGUUCAGCCGGAUCUCACCAGCUUACAUGAAUGGUUCAGCCGGACCUCACCAGCUUACAUGAAUGGUUCAGCCUGAUCUCACCAGCUUACAUGAAUGGUUCAGCCUGAUCUCACCAGCUUACAUGAAUGGUUCAGCCGGAUCUCACCAGCUUACAUGAAUGGUUCAGCCGGACCUCACCAGCUUACAUGGUUCAGCCGGAUUUUAGAAUGACAGUAGCAGAGCAGUGGACUGUAGAAUGAGUCAUCAGAGAGGUGCUCUAUAGUGCCGACUGCUGGCAGAAGAGAGCACAGCACCUUGAUCAAUGGUAUGGUCCUCCUGUCCAGUAACAACCUCUCAGCACUUCAUGUGAUCUGAAAUCGUUUUAAAAAGUAGCCCUACUCAAUAUGGUGGUAGCUCCACUUUGUACUCUGGUAAGCUUGGUGGCAUGUCCACCAUAUUUCUUUAAAAAACCUACCCAUUCCUUUUAGAAGUGUCUAGGCCCGGGCGAAAAAAAGCAAUGGAGGGUUUGUACAGAGCCAAUCAUGCAUCCAUCCAACUGUCAAUGGUCUAUUCAUUUGCUCUCAGAAUAAUAAACAACAUCCUGCCUAUAAUAGAUAGGAGGAGAGCAGGAACAGGUCUAGAUACAGCAAAAGUCAACCCAUGUUACACAUUCACAUGAAUGGAUCAGCAGUAUCACAAGUCUAACACUCUAUAGACUUGAUUGGUCAGCGUAUAUGGACUUCAUUGGUCAGCAUAUUUGAAUCCCGGCACCCAGGACUAAAUCUCAGCUGGCUGUCACGAGUAACUAUCAGUAUACGGACUUCAUUGCUCAAAAGGCUAACUUGCUUUCUUCUCUAAAUAUUUGCAGAGUGACAGAAAGUCAGAGUCAAAUAAAAGCUUUUUAAAGAAGUGAAUCACGUUUGUUGAGUCAUUGAGGCUAAUAGGUUACAAGACAUAAUGUCCCCAAAUUAUUCAGCUAUUGAUUGUGUAACAUCUAUUCAAACCACAGGUUCAAGGCCCAUGCAGGGUAGUAUUGCAGGGUAGUAUUGUGCAAAGUUGCCGAAUGAGAGCCAUAUAUCUUACCAUAAUUACCAGUAACUUCAGAUGUUAAUGGAAGUUCUAAGUUACACAAUAAAGUACACAGUAUCUUUCACACAGAGGUAGUUUUCCACACACAUUACCAACAGAAUAUCUCUGAGAAACUGUUGUCCACAGACAUUAUUAACAGAAUAUCUCUGAGAAACUGUUGUCCACAGACAUUAUUAACAGAAUAUCUCUGAGAAACUGUUGUCCACAGACAUUAUUAACAGAAUAUCUCUGAGAAACUGUUGUCCACAGACAUUAUUAACAGAAUAUCUCUGAGAAACUGUUGUCCCCAGACAUUAUUAACAGAAUAUCUCUGAGAAACAGUUGUCCAUUCACAUCACACACGGGGAUAACUCCACCUGUCAUCAUAAACCGAAAAAACAGGUAAUUCAAAUUCAUGAAAUCCAAAAUACCAACAAUUGUUGCAGAAAUGGCAGAAAUUGUUGCAAAAAUUGCUGCAAAAAUGAUGAAAUGUCACGCCUGAAGUGUAUUUGCUGUAUUCUAUAUCCAGAAAAUAGGACAUAUUAACACCCAGCGAAGGUUUUCAAUUAAGAUAAUCAAAUGUCCACCUAAAAUAAGUUGUUGACAGGAAAGAAAACAUGUAUGGAUCCCUUUCAUAUGAAUUGGUCAGGGGUUGUCAAGGCGUGCUGUAGGUGUAGUGGCGGAAUCAAACGCAGGACGCAGACGGAUAAUCCAACAGACUUGUAUUAGGCCGAAACACGGCAAACGGACAACACUUGCCCGAAGGCGUAAUACGCACGAAGGCGAAAAGAAACAAAACAGCGCACAAACAGGUGCGUAAACUCCAGCGCAGUGGAGAGAAGCUCAACCGAGCGAAAACACGUCUGACACAAUCAAUAAUACACAACACCUGACAAACACAACGGGAACUAAAUAGGACACUAAUGACACUAAAUGAAAACAGGUGUGACAACACUCAGACAAAAGCAAACGAACAUGAAACAUACAACAGUGGCAGCUAGUAUUCCGGAGACAACGAACGCCGAAGCCUGCCCGAACAAGGGAGAGAGGCAGCCUCGGCCGAAACCGUGACAGUACCCCCCCCUUGACGCGCGGCUCCAGACGUGCGCUGACUCCGGCCUCGGGGACGACCCGGAGGACGCGGAGCUGGGCGCGUCGGGUGCCCACGAUGGAAUUCCGUCAGGAGAGACGGGUCCAAAAUGUCUCUCCUCGGCACCCAACACCGCUCCUCCGGACCGUACCCCUCCCACUAGAUACUGGAGACCCCCCAUCUGACGUCUCGAAUCCAAGAUGGACCUCACGGAGUACGCCGGUGCCCCCUCGAUGUCCAAUGGGGGCGGAGGAGUCUCCAAGAUCUCACUGUCUUGGAGUGGGCCAGCUACCACCGGCCUGAGAAGGGACACAUGGAACGAGGGGUUAAUACUUUUAUAUUCAACAGGUAGCUGUAAUUUAUAACACACCUCGUUCAACCUUCCCAGGACUUUAAAUGGCCCUACAAACCGCCGACCCAGUUUCCGACAGGGCAGGCGGAGGGGCAGGUUCCUGGUAGAGAGCCAGACUCGAUCACCAGGUGCGUACACCGGUCCCUCACUGCGGUGGAGAUCAGCGCUCGCCUUAUGACGUCGGAGGGCCCGCUGCAGGUGGACGUGUGCAGCGUUCCAUGUCUCCUCCGAGCGCCUCGCCCACUCAUCCACCGCAGGAGCCUCGAUCUGGCUCUGCUGCCAGGGUGCCAGAACCGGCUGGUAACCCAACACACAUUGGAAAGGGGUUAGGUUAGUGGAGGAAUAGCGUAGGGAAUUCUGGGCCAUUUCGGCCCAGGGAACGUACCUUGCCCACUCCUCCGGCCGGUCCUGGCAGUAUGUUCUAAGAAACCUGCCCACAUCCUGGUUUACACGUUCCACCUGCCCAUUACUCUCCGGGUGGUAACCCGAGGUGAGGCUCACCGAGACCCCCAACCGCUCCAUAAAGGCCCUCCAGACUCUGGAGGUAAAUUGGGGACCCCGAUCAGACACAAUAUCCUCGGGUACCCCGUAGUGCCGGAACACAUGGGUGAAUAGGGCUUCGGCAGUUUGCAGGGCGGUAGGAAGGCCCGGCAUGGGGAGCAAACGACAGGCCUUAGAAAACCGGUCCACAACGACCAGUAUAGUGGUAUUCCCCUGUGAAGGAGGAAGGUCAGUAAGGAAAUCCACAGAGAGGUGGGACCAUGGUCGUUGUGGCACGGGCAGGGGUAGUAACUUACCCCUAGGCAGAUGUCUAGGCGCCUUACACUGGGCGCACACCGAGCAGGAGGAAACAUAAACCCUCACAUCCCUUGCCAACGUGGGCCACCAGUACUUGGCACUAAGACAGUGCACUGUCCGGCCGAUACCCGGAUGUCCAGAGGAGGGUGACGUGUGAGCCCAAUAGAUCAAUCGAUCCCGAACCUCGAGCGGAACGUACUUCCGACCCUCCGGGCACUGUGGUGGACUAGGGUCGGUGCGUAACGCCCGCUCGAGUUCAGCAUCGACCUCCCACACUACCGGUGCCACCAGACACGACUCCGGCAGUAUGGGAGUGGGCUCCACGGACCUCUCCUCCGUGUCAUACCGCCGAGACAGCGCAUCUGCCUUACCAUUCUGUGACCCAGGGAUGUACGUGAUCUUAAAAGUAAACCUGGUCAAGAACAUAUUCCAUCUUGCCUGGCGAGGGUUCAGCCUCCUCGCUGCCCGGAUGUACUCCAGGUUACGGUGGUCCGUCAAAAUGAGGAAAGGGUGUUGAGCCCCCUCAAGCCAGUGCCUCCACACCUUUAGGGCCUGUACCACGGCUAACAGCUCCCUGUCCCCUACGUCAUAGUUCCGCUCCGCCGGACUGAGCUUCUUAGAAUAAAAGGCACAGGGGCGGAGUUUAGGUGGCGCGCCAGACCGUUGUGAAAGCACGGCUCCUAGACCGGCCUCUGACGCGUCCACCUCUACCUGGAACGGCAAAGAGGGAUCCGGAUGCGCCAGCACCGGAGCCGAGGUAAACAGGUCCUUCAGCCUCCCAAACGCCCUGUCCGCCUCGGCCGACCACUGCAGACGCACCGGACCCCCCUUCAAAAGAGACGUGAUGGGAGCUGCCACCUGUCCAAAACCCCGGAUAAACCUCCGGUAGUAAUUCGCAAACCCCAAAAACUGCUGCACCUCCUUCACAGUGGUUGGUGUUUGCCAAUUACGCACGGCCGACACCCGGUCUACCUCCAUCUUCACCCCUGACGCAGCCAACUGAUACCCCAAAAAGGAGACCAACUCCUGGAAAAACAGACACUUCUCUGCCUUCACAUACAGGUCGUGCUCCACCAGCCUCCGCAACACUCUACGCACCAGGGCCACAUGCUCGACACGGGUAGGCGAGUACACGAGAAUGUCAUCAAUGUACAUAACCACCCCCUGCCCCUGCAUGUCCCUGAAGAUCUCAUCCACGAAUGAUUGGAAAACUGACGGAGCGUUCAUCAACCCGUAUGGCAUGACCAGAUACUCGUAAUGGCCCGAGGUGGUACUAAAGGCUGUCUUCCAUUCAUCGCCCUCCCUGAUGCGCACCAAGUUGUACGCGCUCCUGAGAUCUAAUUUAGUGAAGAAACGCGCCCCAUGCAACGACUCAGUCAUGGUCGCAAUCAGCGGGAGUGGAUAACUGUACUUCACCGUAAUCUGAUUGAGACCACGGUAAUCGAUGCACGGGCGCAAACCACCAUCCUUUUUCUUCACAAAAAAGAAACUCGAGGACGCAGGGGAAGUGGAAGGCCGUAUGUAUCCUUGUCUCAGAGAUUCUUCUAUGUAAGUCUCCAUAGCUUUCUUCUCCUCUUGAGACAGAGGAUACACAUGGCUCCGUGGGAGCGCAGCUCCUGCCUGGAGGUCUAUCGCACAAUCUCCCUGCCUAUGGGGCGGCAACUGCGUCGCCCUCGCCUUACUAAACGCAAUAGCCAAAUCCCCAUACUCAGGGGGAACGUGCAAUGCGGGCACCUGGUUUGGACUCUCCACCGAGGUAGCCCCUACGGAAACGCCCAAACAUCUACCCACACACUGAGCAGACCACUCCAUCAGAGCCCUCUCCUGCCACGAAAUGGAUGGGUUAUGGGUACUCAACCAGGGCAUGCCCAGCACCACCGGAUACGCAGGAGAGUCAAUCAGAAAUAGCUGAAUCAUCUCCUGAUGACCCCCCUGCGCACACAUCCUAAGUGGCGCCGUGACCUCCCUGAUCAAGCCCGUACCCAACGGACGGCUAUCUAGGGCAUGAACGGGGAAAGGAACAUCAACAGGAAGAAGGGGAAUCCCUAACGCUAAACAAAACUUUUUAUCAAUACAAUUCCCAGCCGCGCCUGAAUCUACCAGCGCCUUAUGCUGGGAAUGAGGUGCUACCUGUGGAAAACGCACAGGCAUACAAAAAUGUGCAACAGAGAGCUCUGGGUGAGUGGGGCGCCUACUCACCUGGAGGGAAUCCCCAGUGCGGGACCUGUCGUCCUCUCCCCUAGGAGGCCAUCCCCAGCACCUAGCCGCGGUGUGUCCUCCCCGACCACAGUUGGUGCAAGGGAUGGACCCCCUAGUAAGCCGACCCCUCCUCUCUCUAGCGCCAGCGCCCCCGAGCUCCAUGGGGCACGGCUCGGAAGCGCUGGAGGGUGAAAUGGACGGACCCCCCUCGGAACGCCCGCGGGUAGCUAGCAGGUUAUCCAGCCUGAUGGACAUGUCGACCAACUGGUCGAACGUGAGGCUGGUGUCCCUACAGGCCAGCUCCCGACGGACGUCCUCUCGUAGACUACACCUGUAGUGAUCGACGAGGGCCCGAUCAUUCCACCCUGCAUCUGCCGCUAGAGUACGGAAUUCGAGGGCGAACUCCUGAGCACUCCUCCUCCCCUGCCGGAGGAAGACCAGACGCUCCCCUGCCGCUUUCCCCUCCGGGGGAUGGUCAAACACCGCCUUGAAGCGGCGGGAGAACUCGUUGUACGUUAUGGUGUCUGCGUCGAUCCUCCUCCACUCCGCGUUGGCCCAUUCCAACGCCUUCCCGGACAGGCAGGAGAUCAGGGCGGACACGCUCUCAUGUCCCGAGGGCGCCGGCUGCACGGUGGCCAGGUACAGCUCCACCUGGAGAAGGAAACCCUGGCACCCGGCCGCGGUCCCAUCGUAAGCCCUCGGGAGCGAGAGUCGGACUCCUCGGGGUUCUGGUGCGGGAAUAGGCUGACUGGCCGAUGGUGCUGGCACGGAGGGUGGCGGUGGAGGCGUCCCCCAGCCUCGGAUGGUGGUGAUCACCUCCUGCAGUGCGGUCCCCAUCUGCAGGAUCUGGUCCCCUUGCUCCCGGACCCUGUCCUCCAGAGUCGCCUGGGCUGCUGCGGCUCCUGCUGAUUCCAUUGUGGGUGUAUUAUUCUGUCAAGGCGUGCUGUAGGUGCAGUGGCGGAAUCAAACGCAGGACGCAGACGGAUAAUCCAACAGACUUGUAUUAGGCCGAAACACGGCAAACGGACAACACUUGCCCGAAGGCGUAAUACGCACGAAGGCGAAAAGAAACAAAACAGCGCACAAACAGGUGCGUAAACUCCAGCGCAGUGGAGAGAAGCUCAACCGAGCGAAAACACGUCUGACACAAUCAAUAAUACACAACACCUGACAAACACAACAGGAACUAAAUAGGACACUAAUGACACUAAAUGAAAACAGGUGUGACAACACUCAGGCAAAAGCAAACGAACAUGAAACAUACAACAGUGGCAGCUAGUAUUCCGGAGACAACGAACGCCGAAGCCUGCCCGAACAAGGGAGAGAGGCAGCCUCGGCCGAAACCGUGACAGGGGUGUUGCAUUGCAGCAUGCGUGCCAAGACAGUAGAUCAAGCGUUUCAUUUAAUGACCCUAAACAAACUGUUUACCUGUCAACAAAACUAUUUAAAUGGUCUUGUUUUCUACCUCAUGGUGCAUAUUAUUUUAGUUCAAUGUAAUUUCCACUGAUCCUCUCCAUGAGAAUCAACCCCUUCCCACAUUUCCAGCAUCUCUUUACUCCAGUACACUGA